GAUAAACAGUGAGUUAUACGCUGAUAGAGUUUUCUAAACUACCAACCCAGAAGGCGGUAUUUCAGCCCCUGCCUGUCUCUCCAAGUCAAAGCCUAGUGAAUGAAACUAUGACCAUUAUUCAACUGCAAUUAUACUGAGCAUGCAAAAUGGAAUCACUGAAAGUAAAUCUCUCCUGUGGAUAUCACAUCUCAUGUUUCAGUGCACACCAAAUAAGCUCGUGAAACUUUCAUUACUGUUGAGCAUAAUGUCAGGAAACACACUUGUACAAAUUUUCUACAUAACUUUUUCCGUUUUAUCUGUUUUCCAUUUAUGUCAAGUUGAACACAUGGUGUGACUUUUAAUAUACUCUCUUCCUCCUUCCCCACAUUUUAUGUCAAGGAAUCAAACUCAGUCUUGAUGAUCCUAAGCUUACCCUUAGGUAACCUCAGGCCAGGAGGGUUUUUUUAAGUUUGUAUGGAAAAGGAGAGAGGAAGACAACCUCCAAAUAACCAUAUUAACCUUGUCCUAUGGAUGCUGACAGAUGGCCUGGAAAGAACAAAUGCCAACAAGUUAUAGAGGACAAUAGUGGAUACAAGCAAGUCUUGCCAGCUUGGGUAGUAAUGGAGGAGACUGUGGCAGUUAAAGUGCAUCAGACCUCGAAGCCCCCAGAGAGAGCACGAGGGUUGAAGGAGGGGAGGCCCCGCGCCUGCGUUCCAGGCGGGAGCGCCCCAGCGCAAGCGCGGUGAGGUCAAGCGUUAAAUAACCACCGCCACCGCCGGAGGAUGGCUUCCAGCUUCAAGAAGCCACAAGUGGCCUCCACCAGCCAGAAAAGAAAGGUGGGCCCUAAGCCUGAACUCACUGAAGAUCAGAAGCAAGAAGUUCGCGAAGCGUUUGACCUCUUCGAUGCUGACGGCAGCGGCACCAUCGACGUGAAGGAGCUGAAGGUGGCUAUGCGAGCGCUGGGCUUUGAACCCAGAAAGGAGGAGAUGAAGAGGAUGAUCUCGGAGGUGGACAAGGAAGGCACAGGGAAAAUCAGCUUCAAUGACUUCCUGGCCGUGAUGACGCAGAAGAUGGCCGAGAAGGAUACCAAAGAGGAAAUCCUGAAGGCUUUCAGGCUCUUUGACGACGAUGAAACUGGCAAGAUCUCAUUCAAAAAUCUAAAACGCGUGGCCAACGAGUUGGGGGAAAACCUCACGGAUGAGGAGCUUCAGGAAAUGAUUGACGAAGCGGACCGGGAUGGAGACGGCGAAGUGAACGAGGAAGAAUUUCUUCGGAUCAUGAAAAAGACCAACCUUUAUUAAUGUUGGUUUCUCAGACAAGCACGUGCAGAGUUGAGUCACACUUGCCGGGUUCCCUGCUUCUGUUUUGGGAAACCUUGAUUUAGAGGACUUCACUGCCUCUCUCCUUACCCCCAAUUUGUCUAAAAAGCUCUACUUCCAAAUCUCUAUCUAGCUCAAUUACAGAAGUUUAAAGAUGCUUUUAACAUGAGUUUUGGUUUGUAAUUCCCAAGGGCAGACCUGGAGUAGUUUCGGUUGAAUCAAGGGUGCUGAAAUUCCUGUCCCCAGGCCAUGUGCCCUGCAUUGGUGGACAUCCAUUAAAGUGAAGGCAACGUGGCUUCUUGGUUCAAAACAGCAGUGCUGUUCUCUUGGCGCUUCUUUGGUGGUCUUAAAUUAUUUUGCUUCAUAUGUAAUUCCUUAAAUUCAAGUCAUUGUUCUUGCAGGAUGAGGUGGAUUCGUCAGCAGGUCAUCCUAGCCAUUGCUUUUCACUUAACUGAAUCUUGGUUUGAAGGAAAACAUCGCAGCUAUUUACUGCGCUCAGGAAAGAUACUGUUCUAAGGGAUAGGCUUGCCUUUGGCUGGUGGUAAAUUGUGCAACUGAGACUAUUCUCUGACUUCAUCACAUGUAAACGAUUCUCCAUUUGUGUAUAUGUUAUCUACUGUGGAUUAUCCAGGGCUGGAAUGUAUUCAUUCUUGGGCUACAGAAUAAAAACAAAAUUUAAUACCGGCCCAAGUAAAGUAUAAUUUGCUUAAGAGAUUAAACUAACUAAUGAUUUUGAGUAAA